CACCAUUUCUACUCUUAGUACAAGUGGACCCACAAGCGAUUGGCGAAGAUAGCCGGGCAACUGAGGUGUAUAUCCGUAUUCGGUUUGAAAGGGAACAUUGUAUUUGGAGGCGUUGAGGCAACGUGUCCAGGCCUGAAGACACAUGUCAGCAGUAGAUUUGAUGAAACUGCUUGAUUCGGUGCUACGCCACGGAUUCCCUUUGUGCAAAAACAAUAAGCAUUCACUCGAUAACCGGCCUCUAUAAAUACGCUCGAGCAUCCUCUCAUCGAUCGCCACAUCCCGCAAACCUAUAAUCUGUGCGCUACUUGUCGACAAUACCAUGCCUGUCGCUAGAACCACCCGUCCUCCUCCAAAGAAGCACACCCCUCAUACGAUUGAAGUUUGCCCUUAUUGCAAAGCAUCUGUACCCUCACCCCAAAUAACGGACCAUAGACUGGCGCAUUGGGAUGAUAAGAAGACCAGCUCGAAAGACGACUACUGGAGGUGUCCAUACAAGGACUGUACAUUCAAUGUACCGCCUCAUGCAGGUGAAGAACUUGACGAACAUGCCUGUUUGCAUGAAGACCUUGAAGCUCACGUCUGUCCACACCUGAUUCCAAGCGCAGACAACCCUGACGAGAAAGUUGUCUGUGGUUUCAGGGCCGUUCAUCCGUCCAUUCUGGGACAGCACCGAGAGAUCUAUCAUCGGUACCCAGGAUACAGUCAGAACGCCAUCGAUCCAUCUAAGGAUGACUGCCUUACUUGUAUACCGCUAUAUUUCUGCACCGAAACCGACGACCAUAGUGCUGUCACGCGAUCGAGACUUGCCAGGGAGAAGAUGAUGGAGGAGCGUGCUCGUCAGCUUCGGCAAGCCCGUAAAUCCAGUAUCAAUGCCGUUAAGUUGGUUCCUCUUGUCGCGCCACCCCGAAGCAAACAGCUUGACGAACCGCGAUCCGCACCUCUGGUGUACCUUGAUCCUCGCAAGAACACCUCUCAAUCGAAUAGGUGGAUUUCUGAGCCAGCGACUUCGCCGGCCCCAUCUUCCCCGGCAGAACAACUGUUAUGGGAUAAUCUAUCCAUGACGAGCUGGACGAACUCGGAACCAACGUCACAAUGGGGGAACGAAUUCGAGGAUCUGUUUCCUUCGAUGAUGGAGGACAUAGAAGCAAACUCUUCAUGCUCUGCAUCCUCUAUUCCCGAUUUUCUUUGGGACAACAUUCCACUUGACCCGACCUUCCCUCCGCCAGUGCUCGACUCGAGUUUGGAUGAUCUGUUCAUGCCUGAUUCGAACGACAUGUCAGAUGCGGAGCGUCUUUUCUUUCCACCUAAGGUUCUGUCACCUGACGAACUUAAGGCAAUGGGCGAGGAGCUCUUUGCGAUGAUUGAGCAACCUGUAGAUCAAUCUAUUUCCGUUUGAGAAACUAAUCAAAUACUUCCGGAUUCAAUGCUUUGCUUGCCUUUGUUCAAUAACUUACAUAAUUUGAAUUUGAAUUAGAGUAGUAUGUGAGCGUCGUGUUUUAACGCUAGGUGCAGACUUUGAUCUUUGUGACGGUGCAAACGAUUGUCUCGGGCACCAGUCUAGACAAACCCGGAAAGCUGAACGCCUAUUCUAUUAAGUCUCUGAGAAUUCUAUGUCAUGUACAAUGUUUCAAUUGUCAGUAUUAAAAUGCGAGACGAACU